AUGCCGCUCUCCUUAGCUCACCGUCGCAGAUCGCUUGGUCAAUUGCCAAACCCACCCAGAGCGCCCAUCAAUACGACGUUCGCAACCACUCUGCCAGCUUUCAACGACAACGAUUCACCCUCGAGCUUAAGCCCAUCCAGCACCCAGGUCGCAACAUCAGCCAGCUUCUUCACUGCGCUUCAGGGUAGUAACCUCAGCGACGACGACAUGUUCGGGUUCGACAGCCCUGCUUCCCUACCCUCGGACGACGAGUCCGAUUCCGAAAUCAGUUCCAUCGACCUCUUCCCGACCGACGUCUGGUCCAUUGCUCAGCGCGCAGCCACACUCGGGCACCGCCGCUACGUUGCUCUGCCCGCCACGACCUCGAACAGCACCGUCGCAGCGCGCGCCUCGCACGUACACGCCCUCGUGACGCAGCAGCUCCUCCCUCGCUCCUCCCUCGCUCUCAUCAACACACCGCAUGCCCUACGCGUCCUCGUUAUCUGGGCCAACACAUCGCGCACCCUGCGCUCGCGCAGCAUCAUGCGCGGCCUCUUCACUAGCACACUCUUGGCCGGUACCUAUUCCACUCGCCUGGUUCCUGCUCGCACCUGGGUCACUGGCGAGACCCCGGUUCUCAGCUGCAGCCCGGCGGCAUUGCUGCGGUGCGAGAAGGAGAUACUGCCUCUCAACCCCGUCAUCGUUUUCGCCGAGAUGCCCGUUCCUGAGGAGAAGGAGAUUGCCGAGGAGAAGACGGAACUAGGAGUAGAUGGAGAUGACCAGGAAACGGUGGUGGAGUCGAAGAAGAAGGACAAUGGAUCGCAGGAGGGCGAUGUCGCGGAAUUAUGGCAUGCCGUUGCCGGCUUCGCGGGUUCGGCGGGUGACGAGCGGAGCCGGGUCUACACGUUCCUGGAUCCCAGCGCAGAGGCGGAUAGACGCGCAGCCCGACGCAUGAGAGAGAUGAUGCGGUUGGAGGGGGUCGAAGUGCCGCCGUUGGUGGCUUAUAUGGCGGAACCGGUUGAAAACGAGGCAGCUGAUGACGACGGCGAUGAGACUGAUGAAGAUGACGGAGCCAGCGGCGAGGAUGGAGGUGGUGUCCUAUUGCAACACUGGUAA